ACUUGCACGUCGCUUGAUUGCGUCAUAGAUGUCGCUCGUGCUGCUGCCUUGGCGGGUAUCAUCGUCAGACGUCACCUUAAUUUAUUGACAUCCUUAUUUACUAACGCUAGCUAAUGUGAAAAUAACAUUUAUAUCCAGUGACAUUAAUAAUAACCGCGUGUUUUAUUGUAUAGACCCAUUUAAAUGUUGUAAAAACGAUUACUAUUUGUUGGUGGUUCCCAUUUAGGGGAGAUAAUAUCAGCGAUGUGGCAUUUGGGAGACAACCAAAGAUACCGUCAAGACGAACAAACCCCUCAAGUUAUUGAUCAUUCAGAGGUGAUAGAUGGUGAUCAAUUCCUUACAUUUGCCAAGAAGUCAAGGGUUGUGCAGCGUCAGAGUGAACCUGACCACCCUCUGCUUCCACCAAUUUACAAUCCGGAAAACAGAGAAGAUAUUUGGCAAAGGACAUUUGGCCAUCAGUCAAGUGAAGAUGAGGAGUCCUUUGAACACACACCCUACAGUACUUAUCAGAUACAGAGGUUAUCCAGUAAACCUGAAGCCCAGGUCGGUACGGCCAUUGCAGAAAGGCCUCCAGCUGCACAGCCAGGUAAAAGACAGAGACUGCUGCAUUCUGGGAAGUUACCCUCCCCGGCCGAGCUGAUGGGCCGGAGGAAGAGAGGCAGGACAGCCGGGGCGUUGCCAGGGCGUUGCCACGUCCCGCAGCCCAGAGUGGCAGCAGUGCUGCAGCAUAUCGGUGAUCUGCACAGGAGACAGGGCUCCAUCGACCGGUUGAAGAGAGAGAGGUGGUGGGGUAAGGCAGGACUGCCGAGCCAUGCAGAGGGGCCAGAGGAUAGUGACAGCCCCGGAGCAGAGGCCCCCCAGGGGCCCACCAUGAGCUUCAGUGAAGACAAGACAGAGGACGGGGCAACUGUCUCAGUCAUUCCAGAACAUACUACUUUUAGACCGGAGAGUCUGUUUGGGGGAUUUGAGGAGGCACCACACCUGGCCCCUGGGGGGAAUCCAAUGAUGUCAUUCGUCCUGGCAACCGCUGACAGACAAGCCAAGGGAGCGUGGCAAAGCCCUAGACUGUCUCAUAAAGAAUUCUGGGGCAUUGAGCACCACGCAGAAGAAGAAUAGUUCAAUUCUGUAUUUAUAAUUGUAUCAGUUUGGGGUCGGGCUUUGUUAAUCUGCAGUCUUACAUAAAGCAUGAAUCUUGUUCGUGUGAGUAUUCACGUUGAAAUGUCCAUAGGAUACGCAGUCAUUUAUUCUUUUAAAUGUUCGAACCAAUAAAGAUAAGAAGGUAAAUAUUUUUGUUUGCGCUAUCAU